AAGAGAAGACCAGAGCGGCGUUGAUGUAGGGGAGGCGGCGGCUGCCCUGAAUGACUAUAAAUCACCUGGACUAUUGUGGUGCUACACAGUUUUCCUGGCAGAAGGAAGAGGAAGGGGGAGGAAUGAAACGUUGGAAAAGAAGAGGGAAGAUGGCCACCGUGAGGCCUUCGCAUCAACCCCCAGACCUGGUCCCGUUGCUGAUGAGCAUAGUGGCUGUGUUGAUCUCACACCACAUCUUCAAUGCCGCUGCCCAGAUCCCCGACCCAGAGCUCCUGCCAACAGAUCCUCCAAAAAAACCAGACCCAGUCACCUCAGAAACAGUGGUGUUUUGGGGUCUACGAUUAUGGCAGGUUGUGGGCAUUUUCUCCAUGUUCGUCUUAGCAAUUAUAAUAACACUGUGCUGCAUCUUCAAAUGCCGAAUUCCCAGGACGAAAAAAGAGAUCGAGGCUCGGCACGCACAAAGACUUGCUGCUAAAACGUAUGCCAACACACUGGAGACUGUGCCCCCCCUGAACGAGCUCACAGAUGUGCCGGGAGCUCUUGCAGAAACCUCUGCACUGCAGACAGUCUCUGAACAGGUUCAGGCUCAUGGGAGUGGACAACUUCCUGUGGUCAGGGAAGAAGAUGAACCAGCAAAUCUGGUCGCUUAGAUUGACGCACUGUAACGCUCAUCUGUACUUCCUCUGCUUUUCUGCCUGUCCAUCCUGAGCCUGCACUCCUGGGUGUCAUAAAGCAGUGCAUGUUUACAACACAGUACCAACAUCUUUUAUCAUACAGAAGUAUAGCUGAAUAGGAGAACCGACAAUUUUGUAAAUGCAUUUAAUGCAUCUGGGUCAUAUUUUAUUUUAAUAGUCUAAUAGUCUAUAGUUUAAAAUUCGAUUUAUUUUGCUAUCCUAACUACUUAUAUGAUUAGUUCUAUUUUAUUAUGUGCAUUAAGCAUUGUUUUUUCCUGCUGUCUGUAACCCUAUUAAAACAGACCUAUGAUCUAUUUUGGGACACGACCCACCAGUUGAGAACUCAUGCCUUAGAGUAGAUACUUAAAGACUUUCAAGACUAUUUAUGAUAAAGCUGGUGAAAUGUGCUGCCCACAGUGUU